AUGUAUUAUUAUAGAUGCAGAGCAGCAAGGAGACAGGAGACACUAGGGGACAGCAGCAAUGAAUUAACACAAAGAGAGACACAGCAGCAAAAAACAUUUAGUAGUCUAGGCAGAUUAAUCAGGACAGACCCUCAUCGUCAGACAAUAGAUGAUGAUGAUUCUUGGUUCUUUAAUAUUAAGGAUGAUGACUCACCAACAGAAAACACUACACCAGCAAGAGGGUCUUCUCGUCUGUCUUUGGUUGAUGGAUAUGAUGAUGAUGACGAGCCGCAGCAAGACAAUGCAUCGGGUACAGAUCUAUGGGCUGGCAGCAGCAGCAGCAGCAGCAGCAGCAGCAGCAACACUGGUCCAGCAGCAAGACUUAAGAUUACUAGGAAGCGGAGACGCAGGCCAAUGCGCAGCAGUGCUGACAGCAGCAGCAGCAGCAACAGCAGCAGCAGCAGCAGCAGCAGCGAUGAGGAUACCAGGCCCUUGCCUCAUCCUUCAUCCCUAACAAGCAGCAGCAGCAACAGCAGCAGCAGCAGCAGCAACUUAGGCUUUGAUGAAGGAGGAGAUUCAUCUCUAUUGAGUGUAUUCCCCGAGAAGGCAGCAGCAGGUGCUGCUGCUGCUGCUUCUCCUGCUGCUGCUGCUGCUGCAGGCCCUCUUUCGUCAAGAGCAGCAGCAGGACCUGCUAAACAGAAGAGGCGUAUUUCUGUUAAGAUAGGCAGCAGCACGCCAGUCUCCAGUGACGGGGAGGGUCCUGCAGCAAGAGACGGCAGCAGUAGCCCUAGAAGCGGCAGUCCUAGAAGCAGCAACAGCAGCAGCAGCAGCAGCAGCAGCAGCAGCAGCAGACGGAGCCCGGAGAGGACAGGAGGUAGUGCAGCAGCAGCAGCAGCAGACCGCAGCAGCAAAUCCGACGGCCGCGAGUCAUUUUCUUGGGGAAGGGAGGAAAAAGACAGCAGCAGCAGCAGCAACAGCAGCAGCAGCAGCAGCAACACGGAGGGCGAAGGAGGCGGAGCAGCUCUGUCUGACGGCGUGGAGCUGCUGCAGCGCGUGCUGCAGCAGGCUGGUGUCAAACGGAGCACCGCAACAACAGCAGCAACAGCAGCACCGGCAGCAGCAGCAGCAGCAGCGGGAGAGCAGCAGCAAACUGCUGCAGCAAAGAAUGGCGAUUCGUCACAGAUGGAUUUCCUUAAAGAUCUACUAGAGGAAGACGAUGAUGACGGCGGAUAUUUCGGCGCAGCAGCAGCAGCAGCAGCAGCAGCAGCAGCAGCAGCAGCGGGGGCCCCCGUGGGGUCCCUCAGUAGCAGCAGCGCAGAGGCAGAAGGAAACAACUGGUGCAGCAGACAUAACAACAGCUGCAGCAGUUAG